AUGGACAGCAUGCGGAAACAAUUUGAUCAGGACCUGCACCUGAAUGGUCGCUACCAAACCUUGUCUCCCCUCAACCAUGGUUCCUUUGGAAUGGUCUUCAUGGCCAAGAACGUCAAGACUGAUGCUACGGUUGCCAUCAAGUGCAUCACCAAGGCAUCGGGAUCUGACACUUGUCCUACCGCCAUCACUGUUGAUGACCGCUCCGAGGAGCUGGAGAUCCAUUCCCACCUUGGCUCGCACCCCAACAUUGUCAGUCUUCUUGACACUUUUGAGACCGAGCACCACACGUAUUUGGUUAUCGAGUUCUGCCCCAACGGAGAUCUCUAUGAGGCAAUUCGUCUCAACAGAGGCCCUCUGGAAACCGAGCACGUGCGUGAUUUCAUGAUGCAGUUGAUCUCUGCUGUGGAGUUCAUGCACGCUAAGGGAGUCUACCACCGUGACAUCAAGCCCGAGAACAUCUUCUUGACUCAAUCGGGCUCGAUGAAGCUUGGUGACUUUGGCCUCGCCACCAGAGACGAGUGGUCUACAGAAUACGCCGUUGGCAGCGAUCGUUACAUGGCUCCUGAGCAAUUCCAAGAGACAAGCUACUCUCAGGGCUACUCUCCAGCUGCUGCUGAUGUCUGGGCUAUUGGUAUCUGCUUGUUGAACGUCUUGUUCUCCCGCAACCCAUUUGCUACUCCUACCCAGUCAGACCCUAUCUUCGAUGACUUUGUCAUGGAUCGCCAGUCUCUCUUUGACGUCUUCCCAACCAUGUCUCAAGACACUUUCAACGUCUUGAUGCAUUGUCUUGCUCUCGACCCUGCCAAGCGCUCUCUGGCUGCUGUUCGCAACGCCCUCAAAUCGGUUGUUAGCUUCACCACCGACGACGACGCCAUGGACGACUUCUGCAUCGAGGAUCGUGAUCCUAUCCGUGCCACCCUCAACCGUGAGCCUUUGCGCACUCCCUCCAUCACAAGCCCUACCAUCGAUAAUGGCGGUUGCUUCCCUUGGGCAAAGGCUCUGCGCGAGACUUCGCAGAAGCAUGGUCGUCAACUUUCGGUCAUCCUUGACAACGAAAGCUAUACUGAGGACCUCUUCCCCGAAGAGCAGGAAACUACUGGUAAGAGCUGGUUCACUUCUACGGAUCCUGAUUCGACUUCCUUAAACUCGACCAUCGAGUCUUCCCUGGGCAUAUCGUACAAGUCCGCCAACAACUCUGCCGAGCUCAUUGGUUACGCUUCUUCCAGACCAGUCCCCAUCUCUGCAUCCGUCCCCAUCAAGAGCUCUAGAGCUUUGGCUUCGGUCUACGGAAACAUGGAUGAGAACUUCUCGAAGAGUUGGAGCGAUCUUUGGGAGGAAGAUGAGGAAGAAGAGUUGCAGCACCCUGCUUUCAGGUCAACUGCAAGCUUGGAACGCUGUACCACUAUCAAGCAUCUUGAGCCUAGUCCUUUGGCAGCUGUCACGGCUGCCAUGGACAUCAAGAAUGCUUCCGGUCGUUCUUCAACCCCUCGUGGUCUGAGUGAGCUCAAGAUCACCGACGAAGGUCGCGACAUACUUGGUGCUUCUGUUCCUAAGCCAGUUGCUGGUGUUGCUUCGUCUGCACCUCCUCUCCAGAAGUACUCGCCGCCUUCCAAGCGAUCUAUCAUUGACAAGUGGUCGGCUUUGGGCAACCUCAGACGUGGAAACAAGACUGAGGUAGUUUCUUCUGCAAACAAGCCUGCUCCUGUCACGCCACAAAAGAUCGAGAAGCUCGAAAAGACUGAGAAGUACAGCUUCACUCCUUUUGGCUCAAGUGCCAAGAAGCCCAAGUCUCGUGGACGUGCUACCAGCUGGCGUAAGGACAGUCCAAUGGCCGUAAACCCAACCUCCUACACUGCCAACACCGCCGCUUGGGAGCGCAAACAGAGCAACUCGCAUGUUUCACCUCCUCUUGAUUUAUGGCAAAGCAACCGCGACUGGCGUCAGCACCCGGAGCCUCAACAUUUCUUCAAUUCGCCUAUUAGCAAGCCCCGUACUCAGCCCGCUACCUGCGGACAGCAGCUGUUGAAGUCAAACAAGCCAUACGUUGAUUCUCUGGAUGACGACGACAUUGGCGAUCUUGAAUGGGUUGGAGGUUGGCACGACCUCCACUUGUAG